AUGACCAGUAGCGUUGAAACAUUGAAGGCUCGUUUUGAGGAGGAGUUAGGCAAAUUUAAACAACUUGAAAGGGACCGCGAAAAAAAUAUAUCGAAUAGGCAGCAAUUGGAAGGACAGUUAACAGAGAAUAACCUUGUUAAAACGGAGCUAGAAUUGCUGGAAGAAGAUGCUACUGUGUAUAAAUUAAUUGGUCCUGUGCUAGUAAAGCAAGACUUGGCUGAAGCUAGACAAAAUGUAGACAAACGCAUAGCCUAUAUAAAAACAGAAAUUAAGCGAUUAGAAGAGACAAUGGCAGAUGCCGGCGAAAAACAGAAAGCUCAGAAGGAAACACUGGUGAAGAUUCAAACGGCUUUAAAACAACGUCUCACCAGUGACAAUCGUUGA